UCAUUCUGCUUCAAAGGUACUUUUAUCAUCCAGACUUCACCAUCAAGAAAAUGUCAAGACGCAGUGGCCGCAUCACUCUGCAAGCAAGAAAUGAAAAUGCACCAGAGACGAAUGCCACUUUGAGCAGGAAAAGAAAAUCUGAUGAGUGCAAUAAAAAGAUGCCAAGUGCUGCUAAGAAGCAAAGUUAUGAGAUUCAGAACCGGUGGCCAGAGGGAGAAGUUAGUCCCUGUGUCCUCAUCGAAACGCCCCACAAGGAGCUAGAGGAGACGGCCAAUACCUCCUGCUUUAAGCGCUACAGAUUCAAGAAUCUUUUCAUUAAGCCGUCCCCACUUCCAAGCCUCAGCUGGGCAAGCUCAGACGACGUGUGGAUUAAAAUGCUGAAUAAGGAACUGAAGUACACCCAUGACAAGAGCCUCAUGGAACGGCACCCCAAUCUGCAGCCCAAGAUGAGGGCCAUUCUCCUCGACUGGCUGAUGGAGGUGAGCGAGGCUUACUCGCUCCAUCGGGAGACCUUCUACUUGGCCCAGGACUUUUUUGACCGCUUCAUGCUCACCCAGAGCGAGGUGGCCAAAAACCAGCUGCAGCUCAUCGGAAUCACAGCCCUCUUCAUCGCCUCCAAACUUGAGGAGAUCUACCCUCCGAAGCUCCAUGAGUUUGCCUAUGUCACAGACGGUGCCUGUGAGGAGGAGGACAUUCUGGGAAUGGAGCUCAUUGUGCUCAAGGCCCUGAAGUGGGAGCUCUGUCCUGAGACAGUCGUCUCCUGGCUGAAGCUCUACGCACAGGUGGACUCCCUGAAGGAUGGCCCCAAUUUCCUUAUCCCGCAGUUUUCCCAAGAAGUAUUCAUCCAAAUCACACAGCUGUUGGAUUUGUGCAUGUUGGACAUCAAUUCACUGGAAUUCCACUACGGAGUUUUAGCCGCUGCUGCCUUUUGUCACUUUACGUCUUUUGAAGUUGUUCAUAAAGUAUCGGGUAUAACGUGGGAGAAUGUGGCAGCCUGUGUAAGCUGGAUGGCCCCCUUUAUGACGGUGGUCAGCGAACAGGAGAAGGCUGAACUCAAGGACUUCCGGAAGGUUGCUACUGAAGACCGUCACAACAUCCAGACACACACAGACUACCUGGGCAUGCUGAACGACGUUCACGUGAGGCAGCAAGAGAACACAGACCGCUUAUCUCCUGUUGCUGUGGGAGGUGUCCUGACUCCACCCAAGAGUACGGAAAAGCCUCUUGGCCAGUAAGAACCUUGUGGACAAGCCACUCGACCAGGCGAAGAAGCCCUAUUUGUGUGAACAUGUCUCUAGUUUAACCCCAACUGCGAUGUCCCCUUCCUGUCUUGUGCAAGGGUGUCAGGUUAAAAUGAGCCACCUCCGUGUCAGAUUCUGGGAUUUUAUAUCGUACUGCGCGCCCAGCCGAUUCAGCCCCCAACUUGUCUAGAUGGGGGGUUUUCAGCAAGCAUUGUUGUGUUUAAGUCUGUCUUCUCAAGGUUACUGUAUGGCAGUAUUUACUUGCCACCACUAGCAGCAACACUAGCUAUUGCUCCUUGGCCAGAGCUGAAAAUGCAGAAACAGCCCAAGAGACAAGCUGGGGACAAAAUGGCCGUGCAUCAGGUGAAAACAGUCUAUAGGCUAAACGCUGCUGAUGCGCAGUUGAGAGGAUUCAACUGUCGAGCUCCGAACACGUUUUAUUUUUAUUUUUUUUAUAUCAUGUAUGUGUGUGUAUUGGAACUGAUUAAGUUUCUUGUGAUCUUAGGAAAAGCCCACUCAUGUCAUUGGUGCUAUAUGCCAUCGUGGCCUAACUGGGGUGUGUCUGUGUGGGUGGGUGUAUGUGAGAAAAAGAUGUGGUAAAUUGAGAUGUUGUGCCCGUGGGGUGCAGUGUGUGUUUAUUGUGUCCCAUGUGUUUGAGUGAAAGAGUCAUUGUCACGUGUGUGUUGUGUGGUUUGCGUUCCAGUGCCAGAAGUAACAUUCCUGGAAGACUUGACAUGUUUUUACAGCUAUUAUUAUUAUUUGGAAAGAAAAACAAAUGUGUGUGUGUGUGUGUGUGUGUGUGUGUGUGUGUGUGUGUGUAUGAGAGUUGAAGUUUGGAUUAGAAAGUUAGCCAACUUAACUUCCGAGUGAUUGCAUUGUAUUUAUUUUUAUACAUAUAUAAUGCACCAGUAUUUUCAAAGUUUGUCUAUAUGUACAUUGUCAGCUGUUU